UAGUGCUUACUUUAUUUGUAAACAAACAAACAGAAUCAAGUUUAUAUUAGAUAAAUUGAUUUAAUAAUAAUUCAAUUUAUAUUUAAUUAUUAAUGGUACACAAUGACAUAUACCAGUUUGAAUAAAGAGCAAAGAUAUCGUUUGAUUGAACUAGUUAAGGAGAGGCCAGUUUUGUACGAUAAAAGUCAUAGACUAUUCAGGAGUGUUAAAGAAAAAGAAUAUCGUUGGAGGGAAAUUGCAAAAAUGUGUAACAAAUCAGAACUUGCAUGCAAGAAGGCUUGGAAAACGCUACGGGACCAAUAUCAUCGUUUUAUGCGAAUGCCACAUGAAAAACGACGGAAGUAUAGAUAUUUAAAUGAGCUAUCAUUUCUGGGAAACGAUCAACAAAAAUUUCGCAACAGACACGAACAUGGUCUGAUGGAGCUUUUUUCCGAUUCCAGUGAUUACAGCGAUGAUAUUGAACCCAAAUCCACCGGUAAAAUAUAUGUUACUGAAUCAACAUUCAACAAACCGGAAAACGGAUUCGAACAUGAAGAAGAUACUCUACAAUCUCAGUUUUCGGAAAUUGAUCAUUUUAUUUAUAGUAAAAGUUCAGACCAAAGAAUUUCCUCGGCUCUGCUCAGUACAUUUAAUGAUCUACUGAACAAACGAUAUGAGCUGCAAGAGGAUGAAAAUGAUAUAUUUUUUCGUAUGCUUGCAAAAAAGAUGAAAAAUCUACCUGAAGAUGUUAAACACCGAUUACAAGAGUGUUUCCUCGAGCAGAUAAAUCAGGAAACAGAUCAUAUACAACAAUGUUGAAGAAAUCAUAAAAAAGUAAUCAAAUAUCCUUAGAAAUGAGAAGCUAAUGUAACUGUAAGAAAAGUAAUAAGUUUUUAUACACAAUAACCAAAUUUAUUACCAACAAAUAGGAAUUGUCAAUGAAAUCCAAUUAAAGCUAAAACGAAGAAAAAAGUUUUCUGAAUAAAACUUUUCUUAAAGCAAAGAAA